AUGAGCAACUGGAAAACUACAAUGAAGCUGCUUUACAAUAAUGGAUGGUUCACAACGGAUCAGAUCAAGAUCAAACGGGUAAUCUUUCAAGGAGAUUCAUUCUCACCUCUGCUACUUUGCCUAGCCCUUGUGUCUUUAACAUCAGUUUAUCUGUUUUAUAUUGAUGAUCUAAAAUUAUACAGCAAGAAGGAGCAGGAACAAGUUGGAGAACUGAAAAUAGUGAAACAAUUCAGUGAUGAUAUCGAUAUGGAAUUUGGCCGUCAGAAAUGCGCCAAAGCCUGUUUGAAGAAAGGUAAACUGACCUCAGCUGGAAACAUAGUAAUAGAUGAGGAAGCAGAAUUACAAGAGUUGGACCAGAAAAGGAUAUACAAAUGCCUGGGUGUAGAUGAAAGUGAUGGUAUUCAGUAAAGGAAUUUGAAAGAGAAGAUAAGAAAAGAAUACAAUAGGAGAGUCAAAUUGAUCCUAAAAACUGAGCUCAGUGGAAGAAUCCAAGUAGGAAGCCAUCAACAGUCUUGCAGUCCCAGUUGUGCAUAAUAGGCUACAAAAUCUCCGAACUGAAGAAGAUUGACACAAAGCUGCGACGGAAACUAUUCAACAUGCACAAGAUGUUACAUUCUAAAGCAGAUAUGGAAAGGCUGUACAUCCCAAGAAAAGAUGGAGGAAGGGGCCUGAUUGAUGUAGAAACGGCAUUCAAAACAGUAACAAUAGCGCUUAAUCAUUAUCUGAGGCACAAAGAG